AUGUCCUCAGCACGUCCCCUCUUUGUGGUUGCUGGUGUCGGUAAUGGAUCUGGCACUGGAGCUGCUACUGCUCGCCUUUUCGCAAAACAGGGUUACAGAGUUGCCCUGAUCUCUCGUGGAGUUGAUUCUCUUAACAAGCUCGCCUCGGAAAUCAACACGGCGGGAGGCGAGGCCGCAGCCUUUCCUAUCAAAGAUUACUCUGCAGCAGAGAUCAAGUCUGCAUUUACCUCCUUGAAAGCCCACUUCCAGAAUGCGCCUCUCCGCGUGGCUCUCUUCAAUGCAAGCUUCGGCGUGUGGAAACCCUUCUUGGAGAUUACCGAAGAGGAAGUACAACUUUCCACUGAGACUAACAUCAUCGCUUCAUUUGCGUUUGCACGCGAGAGUUUAUCUAUCAUUACAAAGCAGGAUGUCGAGCUCGAGAGCGAAGGCGGCGUUGCGGGUGGCAUCAGAAAGAAGGGCACUCUUUUGUUCACGGGAGCUACGGCGAGUAUCAGGGGCAAUGUGACUACGAGUGCCUUCGCUGCUGGCAAGUUCGGAGUUAGAGCGUUGUCCCAGAGCCUGGCAAAGGAGUUUGGGAAGCAGAACAUCCAUGUUGCUCACACCAUUAUCGACGGAGGCAUAUUAACCGACAAAAGCAGGUCCUUCAGGAAUGACCCUAACUGGGAAGCGAACCCAGAUGUCAGAUUGAGUGCGGAAGGCAUUGCUAAUUCCUAUCUCUAUCUUGUGAAACAGGAUAGCUCUGCAUGGAGCUGGGAGCUUGACUUGCGCCCUGCACAUGAAAAGUGGUAA